AUGAAAUCCUUUCACUUGACGAGGUCACGGGGGGCUGGCCAGCAGCCAGGCACAGGGCUUCUGCACGGCUCUGCCCCUUCCUCCCUAGGAGCCUAUUUCCCCCACAGCACUUCUCUUGCCUGUAUUUCUGACCACCACAAGGAGAGGCUUAGAUUUGUUCUUUGGCUCAGUAUUUAGUUUGCACUGCCCUUUGAGAAGGCCAGUAAUGUCUUAAGACCUGUUGCAGUCCCUGAAUAUAAACCCCCUCUUUGUUGGGGGGAAGUUGACUUGACUGAGCCGCAUGAUCGGAGUCAGGUGACAAUAUUGGGCACAAAACCAGAGCAGAAUAAACAGUGGAGUGCAGGAGAUUAGCUGCUGCUCUUGCCUCUGUGUUUCUCCUCAGGGAAAAAAAAUGAAUGCCUGGCCCUCUCCUUUGCUUUGGAGCUUCACCACGGCAUGUUUAACAGGUAUUGCUUUAGGGCAGACAACCACCACCCAGGUCCCUAUUGCAUCCACCCCAGUGCCUGCCAGUGCAGCCACCACCCAGAUCCCCAUUGCCUCAACCCCAGCACGUCCCAGUGCAGCCAGUGCAGCGGGCUCUGCUCUCCCCACAGCCGCUGCAACGCUGUCAGCUGGGGGGGCAGAAACCACUGCAGAGCUUGUUGUGUCCACGGCAGCAGCGGCUGCUGAGCUGAGCACCCAACAGCCUGCUCAGACUCUGCCCACCAGCACGGAUGGGACUGUCCUCACCUCUGGCAGCACAGACAGCUCUUCUCAAGUGUCCACAGGACCGAUGGCUGUGUCCACCAGCACCCCAGUGUCCUCUCCAGGCGUGACCACAUCUGGAGGCCCUUCAGCAGCUCCAUUCCUCACCACCACCAAGCCCUCAAACUGCAGCAGAGUGAAUGUGACAGCCUGUGCCCCCUGCUCCCCAGGAACCUUUCCCAACGAAGGCACCCUGAGCUGCUUGUGCUGUGCAGGGGGCUUGUGCACAGAUCCCAGUGCCUGCACCUCCUGCCCACUGGGCCACUACCAGCCCCAAAGUGGGCAACCAUCGUGCCUGCCUUGUCCCCAGGGGAGUUAUGCCAACCUGACGAGGAGCACUGCCUGCCUUCCCUGCCCGCCUGGCCAUUACACUAAUGAGUCUGGGGCUGCAGCCUGCAGAGCCUGUGAGAAAGGCUAUUUUAGCUCCAAGGAAAAUGCAUCUUCUUGUCUGCCUUGCCUGCCUGGAUCCUUUUGCAACACCAGCAGCUGUGCAGCCUGUUCACCAUGUCCGGGGGGCCAGGAGACUGUGUGGGAGGCAGCGGAGGCCUGCAGGCCCUGCCCGCCAGGCACGUUCAAAGGUCCCAGCGACAACAAAUGCAAGAUCUGCAGGUCAGGAGAAUACCAAUUACAGCCCGGUGAGGAGAGCUGUGACCUGUGCCCAGAGAACUACUACUGCCCUGGCCCGGAUGUGCUGCCGGUGAAGUGCCCUGCGGACGCGUUCUGCCCCGCGGGCAGCGUGGCACCAGAGUACUGCAUGGAGGUCUUUCUUUACAAGGCUGGAGCCUCCUGCAGGCUCACUCCCCUCACAGUGGUUCUCCUCACCAUCUUCUCAGCAGGUGCAAUCCUUGUUGUAUUUCUAAUAAUCCUGAGAAGAAGGCAAGAAUACAGCAAGAAACCGUUCAAGUCUCUACUUCUACCCCGAGGGUCAGGGCAACAGGCAACUUAUGGGGUGACUGAGCACACGGAGCCAGUCUAUGCUGGCUGGUAGCCCAGGAUGUGCUUGCAGCCACAACCCCCUUCCCUCUCCCCUGGAGCAAUACAUAGGGGUGCAUACAGGCAAGAUGUUUGACCAUGAGCACCCUAUUUCUGCAUAGCUAAAAUCCAUGCUGAGAAAUAAAACUCGAGGGUUUUGAGUGGUGGCUCCUUGUGUUAAGCAACCCAGCUGCUGCUGUGCUAAAAUGGACUGAGGGAAAAAGGCUUCCCCUUUCAAUUCCUGGCUUUGUUCACAAGUGAAGGGUUUUCUCCUUUCCUCAAGAAGAAAAACCCCAACAGAACAGCAAACAAUUAUGCCUGUCUCUCCAUUUCAACAGCCAGCUCAACAAACCGAGUGAGGAUUGAGACUGCAGUGAUGGAACAGUCCCUUCCCCCCCGAGCAGGAUUUAACAUGAAUGUGCUUCCUUUUUAAGAAUAUGCAAUUCUUGUUUAUUCAUUUGGUGGGUUGUUUGUUUUUUCCAUUCUCAAAACUUUGUCAUUACUUCUAAGCAAGGUUAAGUCAAGGAAAGGGAACCCAAAGUUUUCCCUUUCCUCUCAGCUGUGGGAAAACACGUGCAGCUGCAAUAAUGGUUGAUUCCUGAACAAACAGGUCCCUUGUGUCUUCCUACAGUAAUAUGCUUUUUCAUACCAGAGCUACACAACCAGCUCAAAGCUUCUAGCAAACCUCACAGGAACUGUUUCUUUCCCCACUCAGUCACAUAGGUAAGACCUGACAUGGGGGCAGUGCUUUGGAGGCAAAGGGAGCAGCACGCCACAGCCACAGGACACCUCGCAAGGGAGCUGUGCCUGACGAGACCCGUUCCUUAAAUGCCCAUGCAGAGAUCUUGCUCUGAGCCCUGGCACCUGAUUCACCCCCCACUGUCAGCAGCAUGUGGAAUUUGUACUUUUUCUCCCUCGCUGGGCUGCAGCACCCUUCACUUUCUCCUCUGCAGCCAGCCCAGUCCAACUAUCUGUUAAACUGGUGUGGUUUGUGUUUGUUUCACAGGGGGGAGUUCAAACUGUGUAGGUGUUUGUGGGGAUGCUUAACUCCUCUCUUAAAAAUUCUUGUUUGUUCUGUUUUGCCCAUCAUGUUUUUUCUCUUAGUGCUGCUUAGCUUCCUGCAGCUGGUCCUCAUGACCACUUGCUGUCUUGCCAGCACCCCAGGCACUGAAACCAUGGACUGUAAUGGAGCCAGCUUUAACUGCUCCCUGAAAUCAGCACCUGAGGUCUCUUAACCUUUCCAUCUUGUUGUCUUCCUUCUCCUCCUACAGCUAAAUUCAUACACAAGGCAGGGGUGCUGCUGUGACCCUUUGUCACAGUGCAGUGCUUCACCAGCUCUAUCAGCACUACUGAAAAUACCAUCUACUAUGAAAAGUCUACACUUUUAAACACAUGUGCAGUGAGGUGGAAGCAGGAGUUACCUCUGUCAUUCAUCUCUUUACCAGGCUAGUGGAACAGCAGUCAGCUGCAGUAACCUGGCUGGAGGAGGGUUAAGUAAGUGGCCACUGCCCUCAGCUGCUCACUCUUCUCUCCCCAAGGGAGCUGUUACUGUGCUUUAAACAAAUAAAGGAACAAAUACAUAAAUCCAUUUUCUGAUCUCUCUCAACUAUGUCAGGUGAGUAAAUGGAGGGGAAGAGAGGUACAUUGUCCUUUGUGGUCAGGUUGCCCAGAGAAGCUGUAGAUGCCCCAUCCAUGGAAGUGUUCAAGCACAGGUUGGAUAGGGCUUGGAGCAGUCUGAUGUGGUGGAAGGUGUCCCUGGCCAUGGUGGGGGAGUUGGAUUAGAUGGUCUUUAAAGGGCCCUUCCAACUCAACCCCUUCUGUGAUCCUACUCUGGAUCAGCAGCAACAUGUAUAGAACUUCCAACCAUACCCAAACUCCAUGGCAUGGCCUGGGCAGAACUCCCCACCAGUCCCUCUCAUACUGUCCAAUUAUUAGACAGCCAUUAAGGUUCUCA